GCAGCCAUCAGAAGCGCCUCCUCUCAUAAACCUUGUAGGACCGCACGAGCGUUUCCCAUUACUUCCAGGAGAAGCAGCGGCUCACUAUUAGGAACUUUGCUUGCGACCUAUGGCACACAACUAGCAGGGUAGACUACUCCCUGACGAUUUGUAUUAACCCGGUGUAUGGAAAGUGCUCCUGGAUGGACCUGGGCGAAAACAGCUGGUCCAUGGUCAAGCGAGAAGUAUCCAGCAGCCCAGGGUCACCGGCUGAGCAGACCUACCUGCCCGGUGACAGCAGGAGGGACGGUCCCACCUCUGAUGAGCUGAGGACACCUCCGAUCGACCUUGACGCACUGGGGCACCGCCGCUCCGACGGCAGAUCACUACACUCCUACGUUCACUUCGGACACCAUAACAACAACUUGCUGACUGCCGAGGACAUCCCGCUGUUUACGGAUUUAGACCAGGGCAGCAAACUCGUCCUCUCCAGCGGAGCGCACAAGGCGAGCUUGCUGGUGGACCCGACCGACAUGUACCAAACACUGGCCAUCGCCGCAGCCCAGAGCCAGACUGGAUAUGAUUCAUCCUCUGGUGGUUAUAUGCACUCCAACCCCAACUCCCCCGUGUAUGUCCCCAGCUCCCGUGUGGGCCCAAUGAUACCCAGCCUCUCAUACCUGCAGGCCAGCGGCUCUGCGCAGCCCAGCCACGCAGUCUCCAGCCACUCGGUCUGGUCGCAGCCCGCCCCGGAGAGCCCUUCAUACAGCACCGGGAGCCCUCACACCUCCAGUCGGUUCCACUACCCUCCGAGCCCACCCAUCAAUAACGGGACGCCCAGGGACACCGGCUACAGUAACACGCUGAAUGUGAGCAGCAGAGACCAGUACGGCCUCUCUCGGCCCCUCAGCGGGACCUACGCGAGUCCAUACUCUCCUUACGCACCGCAGCUGUCCCAGCUGCCCUCGCCUUGGACCGGGGGACCUUUUGAUAACACCAUGCUGCACACCUUGCAGAGCAGAGGCGCGCCCUUGAUUCGAGGACCAAACGGAGUUUCAGAUAUUCUCGACGACAUGGGGGAGAGCAGAGAAUGCGUGAACUGCGGUUCCAUCUCAACGCCGCUCUGGAGGCGCGACGGCACGGGCCACUUUCUCUGCAACGCCUGCGGCCUUUACAGCAAAAUGAAUGGGCUGAGCCGGCCAUUAAUUAAACCACAGAAACGGACGUCAACGUCCAGAAGAAUCGGCCUGUCCUGCGCUAAUUGUCAAACCAGCACGACCACUUUGUGGCGCAGAAACGCGGAGGGAGAGCCAGUGUGUAACGCGUGUGGGCUCUACACAAAAUUACACGGGGUACCUCGGCCGCUCGCCAUGAAGAAAGAGGGAAUCCAGACAAGAAAAAGAAAACCGAAGACCUUGAAUAAAACAAAGGGAUCCUCUGGAAAUAACAACUCUGUCUCUAUGACUCCCACAUCCACAUCUUCAUCUAAUUCUGAAGAUUGCUCGAAAACCAGCUCUCCUUCUGGACAGGUGUCAGGGGUCAGUUCAUCUGUACUGUCCAGCUCAGUGGAGGGAACCGGCUCAGCGGUGAAGUACCCGGGACAGGACAGCCUGUACACCAGCGUGGGUCUGUCCCAGCCAUCAGAUGUAGCUUCAGUGAGGGGUGAACCCUGGUGUCCCAUGGCCUUAGCUUGAACAUUUAAAUCUUUCGGAGGACAGCAAUGCCUGGCCCCUGUGUCUGGAUGCUAAUGUGGAAGUAUCUGGGGGGGCAAUGUUUGUUUCCUUCCUUGCAGCUGAUGCAAGAAGAGUCGGACAGGGUGUGUGGCGACCUUCAGUCACACUGCAAGCUUCAACCGAGCGUGGAAUAGCUGGGAUUGGUUUGCAGAUUGGUGUGGGGGAUCUUGUUGCCUUAAAAAAACAAAGGGAAUCGCCAGGCCAGAUGAUCAAUCAUGUGACCUGUUUUGGAUGGUUUCUGGACCUGCCAUACAUUCGUUAUCUCUCCCUUCCACCAUGGCACAGAACCACAUCUUGUUUCUUAAAAUAAAGUCAUCAUGUACAUAAUGGAUUUCCUCUCUGAAGAAAAUGCUGUUGAUUGGAUACCACUGCUUCAUAAAGCGCUAUAUUCUUUAAGGACAUUUAGAUUUUUUGUUUUGUUUUCUUUCCAAAACUGGAAUCAUACCACAAGUGCCAAGACAACUUUUAUCAAUCAAAAGAAAAGAAUAUUUAUAAAUCUUCCAUUGUUGAAAACAUGGCUAUGAUUGUUAAUAAAAUAUCAAUAUAGAGUAGAAGUUCAACCAUUCUGAUGUCUUCUUUUGUAAUUUUUUUUCCCUUUAUAAGUGGUUGUUUGUAGUACAGUAGUGUUGAAUGUGCACAUGUUUUCCACUGAAAGCUCUUACUGUAUUUGACUGAAACUAGUUUGGUUUAAACAGGGUAUAAACGACUAUGUCAUCUAGUUGUUUUGUUUAAUUAUUUACUAAAACGCGCAAAUAAUCAACUCUUUCAGACUAAUUUUUGAUACUGAAAUGUUGUCAGCUGUUGGUUAGCAUUAAGGUACUAUUCUCAAAGCAGAUCUACAAAAACUCUUUGAAAUGUAACGCAGUUGGAUGGCUCGUAUGAUCAAAGCACACUCAGAGUAGCUGUGGGCCUACUGACCGUUAUGUUACAAGACAUACACUGCAAAAUACGACUGUUGGCUGCACUACCUGACUCACUAUAAACUGUGAACCUUUCACAAUGCAAGCGUGUUCUAUUGCAUCAUUGUAUACCAAAAUUAGACCAAAGUGGAGAGUGAGGUCACCUCUGAACAAAUUCAUGUUACUUUGAUGUCUUUGAAUAAUCCGUGUGAGGAUUAAAGGGAGUGUAAUGGCCCAGUAGUAACAUAAUGAGGUGUUGAAGUGGACAAUUGAAAAAGGAAAUAAAAACACAGCUGCAGAUAUGGUGGCAUGCAAAAUCAAAAUUCAAGAGGUGAUAUUGGAUUUUUCUCCGUGUCCUCCAGCAGUGGUGUGGGUGGAGUCUCAAAAAGCCACUUCAGGCCACAACACAAUCAUGGGGUGAUUUAAACCUAAAGGCAAUCUGAUGAGUUACAUGUGAAACUUGGUGUAGAGGGUUUUUUUCUUAUCUUGUUUUUUUCUCUUACAACUUGCUCCAUCCAAAAAGGCCAUGUCAUUCAUUCUUCUGGACUUAUUUAUUUUUUUGAAAUACCAUGUUUAUUUUAGCAUAAUUCUUUUUUUUGCUGUUGUUUUUUUUCUUUUUAUAUAUAAGAAAUUUAUUUUAUUUAAAUUUCAGUCCAAUAAAUUGUUAUGGUGAUGCAAAUGAAUCAGUUACCCUGUGUUUUAAAGAAACUAAUCAGUAUUUUUGAAGUUGUGGAAAGAGCUGUGUUCUUGCCUAAUAUUAAUAUUACUCAGGCAUACUUUUGUGUGAGGCAAUCAUAGCCAUGCUUUAGCUCCCCAUUUCUCUGGCGGAACAAAAACUUGAUUUAUUUUGAUAAGUGGGAGGGAGGGGAAUCAAGACCUAAGCUAAUGCAAUGCAAGGAUUUCCUGGGGGAACAGAUUCUUUUGAAAAUUGCAUCUCAAACCGAAAACUAUUCUUGCAGAUUUUGAUUUCCAGCUUUUUUCGGGUGGUUUGCUUCCACAUUCUGUUUAUGUUUCAUUAAAGCAAGCCUUUAUUCUUCUUGA